AUGCCGUGCCAGGCUGUAGCUGCGCACGGUGGAGUGGAUGGCCUGCCAGGAUUACUCUCUAUCUCAUCAACACCAGAUAGCAAUCUGACCGUUACCAGUAUGACUGAGAGUGAACUUGACUAUCCCAGUUUAUUCCCAGACUCGUCGGAUGACGACGAUGACUGUGGUCCACCGGCCAAUACAAGUGGCUUAGGGCACAUAACAAGCGUACCUACCUUGCUAGGAGGGCACAGCGAACAAUCGUGA